GACCACAAAAUGCUCGCAGAGAUUUAAAGGUCCAGGGAGCUCAAGAUAAAUAACUAUUUCUCCUUGAGGAAUUCCUCUGGCUGUCACUUCACCCCUCACGUAGCCUCCCACCCAUUCCCCACCCCAGCCCACCUCAAGCCAAGGGAACAGUGGAUAUGUGCUUCUGGACAAACCUCUCAGUGUUGGUGGUGCUACUGUCCUACCCCCUCAGCCUUGUUUCCUCUGCGGAGACUGACAAAGUCCGCACUCAGGACAGCAGCCGCGCUGGGGGCCAAGGCCUGCUACAAGUCCUGAGUGUCCUUUCUGUUGGUGACCGCCGGUCCCUCGAUCAUCCACAGAGCCUCAUCAAAAUCCUGUUCGAGAGGACUGGGUGUCCACAGAGAACAAAUGGAAUGCAAGAAGAUUGCAAGCUGUGUCUGGAGCCAGAUGCUCUGUUACUCACAGCUGGUGGAGAUUUGGAGGAUGAGCUUAGAGAGGAGGUGGUCGAGAGAGUUUCCCUCCUCCUCCUCUAUUACAUCAUUCACCAGGAAGAGAUCUGUUCCUCAAAGCUCAACAUGAGCAACAGAGAGUAUGCAUUUUACCUGCAUAGCCUCCUCGGCCUCAGGGAGGAUGAAGACUCCUACUUUCUUUCGCAGAACGAGACUGAUGACAUCUUGGCUUUUACCAGGAAGUACUUUGGCACAUCUGGUAGCCAGUGUAUGGAGACGAAGGUGCUACAGAGGAAAUCUGGCAUCCAGGGCAGCGAUGGUGCUGAUGAAAAGACGCUUCCUCAGCUGGCUGCAACCAUCAUUGCUCUGUCACUGCAAGGGCUUUGUCUGGGGAGAAGAGAUGUGCCGUCCCCAGAUGACUUUACAGAGUACACUUUCAGUUUUUUCAACAGUACCAGUGCCCUCCACCUAUCUGAACUAGAGCAACUUCUGAACAUACUCUCUACCAGAAGGGUCUGUGCCAAAAAGGAUAUCCUCCAUCAACACCAAAGGAAACAAACUAUGACAGUACGUGGCAGGGGAGACCUUCAGACACCUACUGCAAUGGACAAAGAGUACAGCCAGCAUUCUGUUUCCUGGGAUCAGGCUUGCUUCUCCGCUAGGCAGUUGGCGGAGAUAUUUCUACAGAACCAUAGUACUCCGUUCAUUUCUAAGGAGGACUUUAAGCAGCUGAGCCCAGGGAUCAUCCAGCAACUACUCAGCUGCUCUUGCCAAAUGCCCAAGGACCAGCAAGCAAAACCCCUACCCACCACUCUGGAGAAAUACAGCUACAGCACGGUGGCUGUGACACUCCUGACACUGGGCUCCAUGCUCGGGACGGCGCUGGUCCUUUUCCACAGCUGUGAGGAGAACUACAAUCUUAUUUUACAGCUGUUCGUGGGCUUGGCUGUGGGGACACUCUCUGGGGAUGCCCUGCUGCACCUCAUCCCUCAGGUUCUUGGUUUGCAUAAGCAGGAAGCAGAGCUUGGGCAUGCUCAUGAAAGCCAAGGUCUUAUUUGGAAGCUGUUGGGACUACUUGGAGGCAUCCAUGGAUUUUUCUUGAUAGAAAAAUGUUUUAUCCUUCUUGUGUCACCAAAUGCCAAGAGCCUGCCAUUGGCUAACGGCCAUGUGGGACAUGACCACCGCCUUGCGCUCAACCCUGAAUCAAAUGACCACUCAGGAGGAGGCAAAUCUCUAUCAACCAUCCAGCUGAAAGGCCCAGAAGAUUCACAGCCAGCUGAGCCAACCAUAGGUGAUGUGCCAGCCUCCAAAAGAAACUGCAAAACCAUCAGCUUAUUGGCAAUUAUGAUACUGGUUGGUGAUAGCCUGCAUAAUUUUGCAGAUGGCCUAGUAAUAGGGACAGCCUUCUCAUCGUCAUUGGAGUCAGGAGUGACCACAACAAUUGCUAUUUUGUGCCAUGAAAUUCCACAUGAGAUGGGAGACUUUGCAGUGCUCUUAAGCUCUGGACUCUCCACCAGGACUGCCAUCCUGAUGAAUUUUAUAAGUGCCCUGACGGCCUUUGUAGGACUGUACAUUGGUCUCUCAGUGUCCGCUGAUCCACGUGUCCAAGACUGGAUUUUAACAGUGACUGCUGGGAUGUUCUUAUAUUUAUCCUUGGUGGGGAUGCUUCCUGAAAUGACUCAUGUUCAAACACAGCGACCCUGGAUGACGUUUCUCCUGCAGAACGUUGGAUUGGUCCUAGGCUGGUUUUCUUUGUUGCUGUUAGCUGUAUAUGAACAGAAUAUUAAAAUGUAAGUUAAGAAUC